UUUAGAUACCUUAAAAGAGAGCAGCCAUAUUACAAUUGACAUGAAGAAGGGAAUUUUAGAAUCAGACUACUCGUGCCUAAGAGGUGAGCAUACUCCAAGUCAAACUGAGGAGUCUUGAGGACAGAUCGUUGGGGAAGACGGCAAGAUUUACCAACAAGGGAGAUGGACUCAGUAUGAACAUCUCAUCUUCCUCGCUUGCAUCAUUCAUUUUGGUAGAGACUGGAAAAAGAUUGAGUACCAUGUCCAAACCAGGUCAGCUUCCCAAGCACGAUCCCAUGCCCAGAAGGUAUUGAAGAAAAUGGACAGGAACGCUAUUAUGAGAGAGAUUAGACAGAUCAAGAAUAAGUUAAACUUUGACCCCAAAAUUCACAAAUGAGACAAUCUCACUGUCUUAACAAUAGACGGAGACAACUGGAGAGACAUUCCAGGCUUGAUGCCAGCCAGGUAUAGAAGAAACAGAAAGAAUAAGAGCAAAAUUGCUUCCACCCCUCAAACAAAAAUUGAGUUCCAAAUUUUAAAGAAUGCACAAAAAGAUAUGGAUCAGGAGAACAAGCAAGGGAAAGGGACAAGCUUCAGUUUGACUACCCCAGAUGUUAAAGACACUUCAAAAGAAGUAAAAAGCUGUCCUCCCAAACAAAUUAUUCCUAAAUGUCAUAUGGUCACAAGAGGAAAGGCAUUAACAGAAGCUUUUAAAGCUUCUGAAUUAACUAACACCCCACAGCCAAAGCUGUACAGGGAGGCUUCAACUCCUUCCACUGUAGCUAGUACCCAGGCUUCCCCAGUGGAGUCUGAACAAAAGCUCACUUUUAUUGAAGAGGAAUCUGAUUCCUCUACAGCUCAAAUUAGUAAGGUCUCGUCUCCUUCAUGCUUCAAGAACCUGAGUUCUCGCAUCCAGAGAGUUGAGACAAACAGUAAGAGCGAAAAUAACUCUACAUCUACUAGUGAUGCUUCCAACGAAGAGAUUUAUUUCGACUUCGAUUUCCAGCCGUUCUUCAGGAACGAUAAGGUGGAUAUCGAAUUUGAAAACUUGAUAUCUCUCAACAGCAUCCAAACAGAGCACAAGGCUUUUGGUAACACUGAGCACUCUUUUGACAACAACUGAUUGUUUGGAGACUCAAUUAUGCCAUUAUCAGUCCUUUACUAGAGCAAAUUUUCGUUAAUUAAGUAGUUAAAUUAAAAAGUUCAUAUAAAAUUUA